UGCUGGCUGAGUGAUCGGGAGGACGCCAUCCAUUUGCUGCUCUAAAGUUCCAUUAUGGGUCGACUGGAUAAGAAAGUCAUCAUUCUGACAGCAGCUGCUCAGGGGAUCGGCCGGGCAGCCGCCAUCGCUUUUGCAAGAGAAGGUGCCAAAGUCAUAGCCACAGAUGUCAAUGAGUCCAAGCUGCAGGAACUGGAAAAGUACCCAGGUAUUCAAACACGGGUCCUUGAUGUCACAAAGAAGAAACAAAUUGAUCAGUUUGCCAAUGAAGUCGAGAGAGUUGACGUUCUCUUUAAUGUUGCUGGUUUUGUGCAUCACGGAACCAUCCUGGACUGUGAAGAGAAAGACUGGGACUUCUCAAUGAACCUCAACGUCCGCAGCAUGUACCUGAUGAUCAAGGCAUUUCUUCCCAAAAUGCUUGCUCAGAAAUCUGGCAACAUUAUCAACAUGUCCUCUGUGGCUUCCAGCAUUAAAGGAGUUGUGAACAGAUGUGUGUACAGCACCACCAAGGCCGCUGUGAUUGGCCUCACGAAGGCCGUGGCUGCAGACUUCAUCCAGCAGGGUAUCAGGUGCAACUGUGUGUGUCCAGGAACGGUCGAUACCCCAUCUCUGCAAGAAAGAAUACAAGCCCGACCAAAUCCUGAAGAGGCACUGAGCGACUUUCUGAAGAGACAGAAGACUGGAAGGUUUGCAACUGCAGAAGAAAUAGCCCUGCUGUGUGUGUAUUUGGCUUCUGAUGAAUCUGCCUACGUAACAGGUAACCCCAUCAUCAUCGAUGGAGGCUGGAGCCUGUGACUUCAGGCUCUCCUUGCUGGGAGGAGGCCCUUCCUGUACACUGUGGACCUGGUUCUGAAGAGUACUCACCCAUCACGUCUUUCUUGCUAAUGGCACAGGAAUGAAAACAAGGCCUUUGUAAUGAUGUCAUUGUUUGUGCGGCUGGUUCUUUAAAUAUGUUAA